AUGCUAUUCUCGGCGCGACCAGCUGUCCGAGAAGAUGCACUGCUGACGGUCGAAGCGCUCCCAGUCCGUGGAAGCGCCCGUAGUCGGCUCAGCUGUCCCAACCGCGGCGAACAGAGGGCUCCCUGCAUGAUCACGUGGUGGCAUGUCAUAUGA